AUGACAAUUGACCCAGAACGACUACGUCGCGUACUCAGAGGUUAUCCACAUCUCGAUGACCUAAUUAAAAUUGCAGAGGUCGGCAUCGAUGUACAGUGGCGUCAAGGACCGAUGAAGAAUCAUCCACCUCCUAAGAAUAACGGUUCGUGUCGUCGUUAUUUGCGCGCGGUGAUCAGGUCAAUUCGCGAAGGCCAAGACUCUGGUCAUCCUUUGGGGGCUGUGGUAAAGAAGGGUGUAGAUCCGAACGAGGAAGUUCGCACUAUUCAUGACUUAUCAUUUUCGAAGAACGACUCGGUAAACUCCGCGUUGGUAGCGGAUUCGAUUCCAAAAGUGCGCUAUAAGUCGGUCGCGAUUAUUGCAAGGCGAAUUGAGUACUUGGCUACAUGCGGUUGCACGGAGAGAAUUAUGAUGCUUAUGUUUUCCGUAUGGCAGCCUUUAUCAAGGAGCUAG